ACGCUUCCUCGAACGACACUGCGUCCCCCGCACCAUGUUGGACUGACGAUGCCGCUCCAUUAGCACUGCCCAUCGUCCCUGCAACGCCUCUGGUCCGCCAUCAUGAGCAGCUUAGUGAAGAAGGCGCCGAAUGCUGAAAAGGGAGCGCGAUAUGUGGGCUUGUUGGACGCAGCGUUGUCGAAUGGUAGCUGGGCAGAUGUGCCGGAGCUGGCGCGCAAGGUAGAGAAACAUGCGCCGCAGAGGAAGUGUCUCACGCUCGCUGCACGAACCGAAGCACAGGCUGCCGCUGCCUCGCACCGUCCGACGUCUGCCUCCUCCACCACUGCAACGAGCAUUCACACCUUGGGCGAAGUGGUGCCACGACUCCUCGAAGCGAUAUCGACAGCGGAAACGAACCACCCAGACGAUGCUUUCAUUGCCCGAACAUGUCUUGCACAGAUCCACUGGAUACAAGAGGCACCUACAGACGCUCUGAAUGCCCUUCCUUCUGCCACGGCGACGACGUCGAAAUCUGAGAUCGGUGGCAGUGCCACGUUGGGCUGGUUAGAAGUCUGUGAGGUUAAGGCAGCAUACAUCAGGGCGUCAUGCCUCGAAGCAAGUGGACGACCCAGUGAUGCGAAGGAGAGUUACCAGGCUGCGGUCUCGCGGACUCCAGGCUAUAGGACUCCAGAACUGCGCCAAUGGACCGAGAGACUGCUUGGGCGAGCAUGCAUGUAUACAGUGAAGAGGUCGCCCACGCCCUCAAUACAGGACCUGAGCGAGACCUACUACUCCUUCAAAGCUUGGGGCGACUUCUGGCAAAGGGCUCCGGCUUCAACGGGCAGCACUACUUCCGCAAGUCGCUUGGACAUGCCCCGACGAGCAGUUUGGAAGGCCUAUCAUGAUUUGCUUUCUACAGUGCUGCAGCACGAUCUGCUGUACAGUCCGUAUGCCAGUCCCGGCGCUGAUGCAUUUGUUUUCUCGAACACAAUAAUACCUGAUGAACAGCGAGCAACGAUGAAACAGCGGCAGAGGGCAGAGAUGCAACAUGUGGAAACAGUAUACGAGACGCUUCUGCUAGAAGAGACCAAGUUUCCAAAGGCAGACCAAUCGAAUGGCGAAGUGGAAGAGUGGACAGCUCAGGUGUUGGCCAACUGGCGUCAGUUCACGGGUCCAGACUGGAGCGAUUUUGAUGUUGGAGAGGGUGGUAGGAGCGCGGUUUCGCGAGUCACACUGGAUAUUCUGUACCGCGCUUCGGCCAAGACUUUUCAUUCUACUGCGAUACUACGACAGCUAUUUACAGUUCAUGCAGCACUGGGCGAAUUUGAUCUGGCGAUGCACGCCUUUCACAGUUACAUGGAGAUUGUCGACAAGGCAAAGGCACGUGCGUCGAAGACUGGAAAACACGAACUUGGCUCUGACAACGACGAUAUUGCUAUGCUCACUGCCGCUGAUGCUAUUCGGUUGCUGUGCAGAUAUGGUGACCGAGACCAGGCUGAAAAGGCCAACGAGAUAGCCAAUGCAAUGUCGAGAUGGCUAGCGCAGCAGCGACCACCUACUGGAGAGGCUCCUCAUACGAAUGGGGACACCAGCGAACGUGUCCACCCUGCUUCACAGCCCGGAGAUACUCCGCUGCGGCCGGAAACACUCGCAGCUGCAUAUCGAUCCAUUGGAAUUUGCAAAGCACACUGGGCGCAUCUGACUUAUGACUCUGCCGAGAGGUCUUCCAUGUUCAGUGAAGCGACAGACAACCUUCGAAUCGCUCAGAGGCUAGAACCUCGUAGCAUUGGUACCGCACAUGCACUUGCACUAGUCCUCGCCUCUGCUCGAGAUGUCCCUGGUGCGAUAGAAGUAAUUCGUGGUGCACUGACCGGAUCGGUCAUGCUCAAUGGAGACGCAGCUUCACAGCAAAACCACGAGCGCGAAAGACGGCUCUUAUCCUUGUGGCAUCUACUUGCAUUAUGUCUCUCCGCGCAAGACAAACACGAUACGGCCGCACAGAUCUGCGAGGCAGCAUACAAACAAUUCGGUAACUCUCAACUACUGUUUGGUCAGACUGCUAAGCACGACUCUCUCAAUCCCGAGAUGAUAGCAGUGUCGACUGCCUCGCCUCCAGGCUUCGUUGCUCAAACAGAGGGUUUCGAGAGGGAGAGCAUACUGCAAAUCAGGAUGAGUCAGGUUCUGUUGGUCGAGCUGAUGGAGGGACCGGAUGCUGCUAUCGAUAUGACCGAUAGUCUGUUGGGGCUUUAUUCGAGACUUUUCGGCAAUCCGGAGCAUGUCACCAUCAGCGUCUCGAGACCACCUCAGACCGCAGCCACCGCUGCGACGUCUCGCUUUGGCGGUACACUGCGCAGCAUCACGGGUAGCAUACGGCCGAGGUCAGCCGUAUCCCGACGUAGCAGUAAUGCUGACAAGAACACUCUUCGCAAACGAUCGGUGAACUCAGCAGAUGGCACUCUUCGGCCGGCGACGAACGGUCAAGGAACAACCGCACCGAUCGCCAUCACCAUCACUAAUGAGGAUGGCAACCCGGCGGAGAAGAAACACCACUCUCACCAUCUACAUCUGCCAUUCCACAAGCAUCAGAGCACCAGCCCUUCGGCAAAAACGUCAGCAGUCAGCGUUGACGGUGCAGACGAGAAUUUACAGCCAAUUGAGACAACCGCAACCCCUGGCAGUACAGCAUCAAGUUCGAACGGCACACCAGGGCAGCCUUUACCUGAAAUCGCGCACAAUGCGUCGCACGACACAUUCCUCCCACCGCCAGCUGGCCACCCGGACCAGCCACCUGUUCAAGACGUCCGGCUACCGGCGCCACAUCCAGUGGCUGGUAUGACAGUGCCUGAGUCACAUCUAUCACCGAUGCACGAACGGCGGCAUAAGGUUGGCGUGUUGAUCAAGACGUGGCUUUUCGUCGCGGGCCUGUAUGUGCGAGCAGACUCGUGUGAUGAUGCUCAGAGUGCUGUGGAUCAUGCUUCGAAACUGGUGGAGUCCUUAGAAGUGGAGUUUGCAGCUUCCCCAGAUGGCGUGAAUGCCCGAAGGCUGUGCGAGAAGGGCUGGGGUGGUAGCAAAAGCAUAGACGAAUUGUGGGCGGAUGUCUGGUCAACAAAAGCGCUCCUCGCGGCCACUCGCCAACGGCCAUUUGAGGCUAUUGCAGCAUACGAACAAGCCCUCUCGUACCAUCCAGACCAUAGCGCAGGUAUCAUCGGCCUGUCAGAUCUCUUGCUGGACAUAUAUGAACAAAAGAUUCCAGCUGAAGAACCUUUGCCUUCAACACAACCUCCUCUGCCCUCGACAUCAGGCUCUCUGAUCAGCGAAGCCAAGCCUUCACUCACAAGGCCAAACACGGCUUCGAGCACGGAGCCGUCUCAUGGGCCCUCAUUGGUCAACGACAAUCACAUCGAACACACUGGAGCACGCAAGAAAGACCCUUCUCCAGCCGAACUCAACCGCCUUGCUGCUCGCGAUCGGGCUUACAUGUUAUUGUCAACCUUGACGAAGUUGGGAACUGGGUGGGAUGAUUCGGAAGCAUGGUCCAUGCUUGCCAGAGCGCAUGAGUUGAGCAGGGAAAUUGACAAAGCCAAGCAGGCUUUGUGGUGGGUUGUCGAGUUGGAGGAUAGUAGACCACUGAGGGGUUGGGGAGAGAUUAGUCCUGGUGGAUAUACCCUUUGAGCGAGCAAGCGCCAUGCAUCCCCUACCUAAUAUUUGUCUCUAUUGCGAUGUUUUUUCGUGCUCAAUUCCUGAGAGAAGUUGUACGUAAUAAUCUUUUUUCAGAGCAUUGAUACCCAC